UUCUCUUUGGAAUUUGGAUAUCUAUUAAAUUGUGCCCAUUGUGCUCUUUGAUAUUACAAAACUGUCAAAAGUUAAACAAUGUCCUCAAGAAUUUAUUUUAUAUUUUUUUCAGUGUUUCCCGGUGGCAUAAUUAUGUAUGAAGUAUUUUAAGAUGGAUUCAUGGUCGAAUUUGUGUCGAUGCUGUUUGUCUCCCGAAACAGAUGUGUCACUUUUGAAUGACGACGAAAACCUUAGAGAGCAGUUUUUGGAAACAACUAGUGUUGAGGUGAAGCAAGGUGACGGAUUACCACACAACCUGUGCAAUAAUUGUUAUUCACUUAUGAUUUCAGCAUAUGAGUUUCGGUCACAGUGUAUCAAAGUAGACAAAGAAUUGAAAAUUCAACUUGAAACACCAAUGAAACCGAGUCAAAGUGAACAGUUCUCUCGUAUAGAAACACAAAUGAAAGCAACUUCAAAUAUGACUAUAGAAGAUGUCGCCAAGGAAUCAAUGAAGCAUCUAGAGAGCAUAAUAAAAGAGGAACCGAGUGACAGUGAUGAUGACUUCUACUAUGUUGUUGUUGUUGAUAAUCCUGACGACCAGAAGGAUGAAGAUGAUGCCACAAAUAACGGAAUGAAAGAGUCCAACACUCAAGAUGUAAGUAACUUUCAAGACCAUCAAAUGGAAGUCGAUAACAAAAACAAUUCAAUUCAUUUUCACAAUAAAACAAGUAGCACACCAUUUGAGAAUAAUAUUGAGUCAUUCCUUAAUCCAAAAGUUUCUGUAAAUGUACCAGCUACUAUACUGGAAAAUGAAGAGGGUCAAGACUUUGAUGAUAAUUACAUGGAUGUCAACGAUGUAAGCCAACCAUCACAAGAUCAAACACUUUCAAUAAUUGACGACUCCCAAGAUAAACGUUACUCUAUUGAGGUUCCAGGGAACGUAGUUAACAAUCUACAAAACAAAAAUUUCAUUAAAAUCCUCACUCCAUCUGGCGCUGAACGGACGAUACUUCUUAAGGGUAAUGAAGCUAUUAAAUACAUAACAGAUCCUCACAUGGUGAAAGCUGUAGAUGAAGAUUCAGCUCCUGAAGAGGUGAUAUUCUAUGAAGGUGAUGAAUCUGAUCUUCAAAUACUGAAAUGUGAUGGUUCAGAAUUAAUUAUAGAAUAUGCAGAUGACAGUCAUAUUUCAACUGUCAUACAACAAGACGAUGGCACAUUUUUAUGUGAAUGUGGCGAGCAAUUUGAUGAUUUGGACAAGUAUCAGGUUCAUCAAGUGAAACAUAAUCCAGGUGAUGAUUUUUUAUGUAGCUUAUGUGGUAAAGGUUUUGAGACAGGUGAAAUCCUAGCGGGGCAUAUGAUACUUCACAGUUCAACAGGUUUCCUUGUAACAUGCCCAUUCUGUAACCAGGACAUCAAAAGAAAUAAUCUUACUCAACAUAUAAAAUACACCCAUAAUGUAAAACCUCAAUGUAGUUUGUGCAAGAAAACAUUUGCGAACCAAAAUAAUCUCAAACGUCAUAUGAUGAUACAUAGUGGUAUAAAAGACUUUGAAUGUGAAAUUUGCCACAAACGAUUCCAUCAAAAAAUUACAAUGCAAACACACAGGCUGACACAUGUUAAUCCUUUUACGUGUUAUCAAUGUGGUAUUAAGUUCGAAAACAAAAUUGCUUUAACUUCGCAUAAGGCUAGUGAUGAUUGUCAGAAAAUGAGACGGUCAAAAGUUAAAGAAGAGUUGAUGAAGACGGUGAAACAAGAAAUAAUGACCAAUGCUGGUAAGUUGUUGGGAUUUGCUUGUUCACUGUGCAAGAAAAUGUUUUCAGUUGAGUCUGCUUUGGAUCAACAUGUUGAAAGUAAACAUCUGAUGGAUCAUGAUGAUUCCAGUGGAGAAGGAAAAUUUAGAAGGGCUUCGAAGAGGUUUGAUUGUUUGAUUUGUGGUAAAGGAUGUGCCAGUCAAGCUAUGUUGAUCAUGCAUGAACGUGUCCACACUAACGAGCGACCGUUUCCAUGCCAACUGUGUUCAUUGCGAUUCAAGACUAGAACACAUUUGCGAACACAUCAGUUAACUCACACUAGAGAGAAAAAGUUUGGUUGUUCAGUUUGUAUGAAAUUCUUUGCAUUAAAAGGAAACUUGGUUGUGCACUUAAGAACUCACACCGGAGAGCGGCCUUAUAUCUGUACAAUUUGUGGCGAGGCCUUCAUUGACUCGAAAUAUCUUAAAAAGCACAAACAAAAGAAGCAUGCAAUAGAAAAUGUUCCGUGGAACAAGUAUGAAUAAUGAGCUAAUUUUGUAAAUAAAACAAGUGCUAAUUCUGUUGCACACAAACAUAAUUGACAGGUCUAAAUCUAGUGCUACAGUUUUCCACGAGGAGCAUUGAAAAGGGGGUCAUUGUCAUUUUAGGUCAGAGAUUGUGUACAGCAGAAUUGGCAUCAAUGUUCAUAUAUUAUUAUGAUUAUAUUAUUAGGGGGCUUAAAUCUAGCUUGAAGACAGGUAAAAAUUUAUCCAAAGGUCUGAUUGAUAUUCAUAGAUUUAGUAUGCAAAAAAAAGUGGAAUGUAUUUAAAUGAUCAUUUUAAUUUUGCAAAAUGGUUAUCAUUCUUAAUGACUGAUCCUCUUUUUCAAUGAUUCUGAUCUUAGAGAAUUUUUGUUACUGUGUUUUUGUAUUAUUAAGUACCCAAUAGAACCUAGGCCAGGUUUAUUAGAGGAUCAAAUAAUAUUGUCCCAAAAAAAAUUUUGCAUGAAAAUGAUUUUGUUUUAAGCUAGUAAGUAAUGAUUUUGUGUUUUUGUUUUGUUUUCUUAUCAAGAAAGGUUAGUAGUCAAAAUAUUUUUAACAGAAAGUUGAAAAUGGCCUCUAAUAAUAAUUAAGACUGAAAGAGGAAGGGCUAUUUAUACUUUAAAUAUUGUGUAAGUAAGGUUUCA